AUGUCAGAUUCUGAACCUCCUGCGCAGCCAAGUCUGCCAUGGCGCAUUGCCUCAGCUACUGUCAUGUGCUCAGUUGGCGCAUUCGCAAGAGUAUUUAUGAACGGUUUUAAUACCCUCGAGGUCACAGGCCUACAAGGGCUUCUCGGGGUUCUUGACCGUAGGAAAAGGGAAGGGCGUGAGCGCGGGCUGCUCACAGUGUGCAAUCAUGUAGCAGUACUUGACGAUCCUCUGAUUUGGGGCAUGCUACCAAUGCGGUACUUCUUUGACGCAGUCAACAUGAGAUGGGGUCUUGGGGCACAUGACAUAUGUUUCAAGAAUAAAGCCACUUCGACAUUCUUCAGUCUUGGUCAGGUUUUGCCCACUCACAGAUUAUGGUACUCUCCCUAUGGUGGUCUAUACCAGCCAACCAUGACACAAGCCAUCAAGCUGCUGUCGGGCCCAUCACCAGCUUCAUGGUCUACAGCCUCUGACUCUCCUCUCUCUGCAACUCCUGCCUCGACAAGACCUCCUCCGGUUCCCCAACCACUCUUCUUCUCCACAAACGGUGUCGAUCAAUUUACAGCACCGUCUGCCUACUCAGCCUAUCGAAAUGCCUGGGUUCAUGUAUUUCCAGAAGCUUGUUGUCACCAAAGUCCGGAAAGCGGAUUGCGCUACUUCAAAUGGGGUGUAUCUCGCCUGAUCCUCGAAUCUGACCCGGCUCCAGAGUUCAUCCCCAUGUUCGUCCAUGGUACCCAGCACAUUAUGGCCGAGGAUAGAGGAUGGCCCAGAUGGGCGCCUCGUUUUGGAAAGACGGUCAAGAUAGUGAUAGGCGAGCCGACCGACGUUGAUCAGCUCUUCGGUCUGCAGCGGGCAGCAUGGCGCAAGCUUGUUACCAAAGGUGACCCAGAACUACUCCGAAAUAGCCCAGAGGCCACGGAGUUAAGAAUAUCGGUGGCCAGGAGAGUAAGAGACGAGGUCGAGAAGCUGAGAGAACGCGCAGGCUUCUCUGCAGAAAAGGACGAAACACCAGCUCUCGCGGAAACAUGGGCCAAAGAUCCUCUCCGCACAAAAUUUAAGAGCCCAGUCGAUGGCAGUCUUGUCAACAGACACGGGCCAAAGGAACGCCCAUGA